CUUGACAUUUCAGUACAGAUAUCGAAACUUUGUCUUCCUGAACUUGUUAUUGAAUGUACGUGCUUACUAGCCGCUGAGUUUCCUCAACCCAAGACUCUUCAAUUCAUGAAUAAUGUUGGGAGAGCCCAUGAAGCUGACCUGUUGCAUUGAACAAGACAGCCUGGGUCAAGCAUUUGAAGACGCCUUCGAAGUACUGACCCAACAACAUUCAAUUGGAGAAAUUCAAUACCCUCCAGAACAUAAAAAUUACAUGGCUAUCAUUAACCCUUAUCCUCAUAUCAGAGGCAACUCUAACUACUAUGGAAUGUUGCCCACAGAGAACCCCCUCUAUGACUGGAGAAGUGUAGCAAAUGGCUCUGCAGACCUGUAUUUGGAAGGAGGCUUCCAUCAUCAAUCCCUGCAGAACAUAGCUGAAAGCCAGCUGGUACAACAACCUCCCUUCUUCCAGCCAAAGGGAGGAAGAGGCAGGAGGAAGCUCCGGCUAUUUGAAUACCUUUUCGAAUCCCUGUGCAAUUCGGAGAUGGUGUCUUGUAUUCAGUGGGUGGACAAAACGAAAGGCAUCUUUCAGUUUAUAUCAAAAAACAAAGAAACUCUCGCUGAACUCUGGGGGAAAAGAAAAGGCAACCGGAAACCCAUGACUUACCAGAAGAUGGCCAGAGCCCUGAGGAACUAUGCCAGAACUGGGGAGAUCACAAAAAUCCGGAGAAAGCUGACCUACCAGUUCAGCGAGGCUGUUCUCCAGAGACUUGCCCCAUCUCACUUCCUGGGAAAAGACCUCUUCUACCCUCAAUGUGGCCAGCCUGACCAGGGCUAUCUCAGCUUAAACCACUGGAAUGCAAAUCACUAUGCUCACGCCAGUUACCAGAGCUGACCCCGGAACUUCAGAAUUUUUUUCCAAAGCAUUUUUGGAUUCCAUACCAAUAAGGCAAAAACUCUGCACACCGAACGUGUUCUUGUCCUGACGACUUUUCAGGUAGUGCUUGCCACAUAUUGGUGUUCGAGGAAACUUAGAUGUUGCAGAAGGAUGCUUACAAUUCCUGCAGAUGCCUUGCUAUUUGUAAUAAACAGGCUUUAGUGAGCAUGGAUCAGGUAUCCAAGAACAUCCGAGAGCCAGAAUGUCUUUUCAGAAAAAUGUGUGGGAGACAAGCACAAGGCCACUUAGUAAUUUUAUAAAUUGAAAUAAACAAUUGAAUUUGAAGCAAC